AUGGGUAACACAUGCACAUCAGCAAAAACUGAUCCAACAAUUCAAAAAUCUGUUCAACCAUCUAAUGCAACAAUAUAUCAACUACCACCAGUAGAAAAUAGUACGGCAAUGAAAACUGUGACAGAAGAAGAUCCAUCACCGCCGAAAGAUGCAUCAGAAGCAGCUCCUUCUGCACCACCUGUUGCACUUCAACCGCCAGAAACUAGUUCAACAGAGCAUGAAGAACGAAAUGAAUAG